ACACGAUGCCCACAAUGCCACAGGACGACGACGAUGUGGCGGCCGUGCAGUCCGUCGUACGCGACGCCACCGACGGCCGAGUCGGCGAGGUCUCCUGCCUCUCCAUCCCCGAGAAGGCCGAGCUCGACAUGCUCGCCAAGCAGCUCCACGUCCUGCGCCAGUGCGAGGUGCAGCUACUCGGUGAGCAGCCGACCGCGAGCGGCUCGGCGUUCCAGACGCCGCCCAAGCCCUCGGCAUUCCAGACGCCGCCCAAGCCCUCGGCGCCCCAAAUGCACGCAAACCGUGAGCUCGAGACGAUGCUCGCGGCCAAGGAUGAUCUCGACUGCGCGACGGCGUCGACAAGCGUUGACCGAAAAGAGUUGCUUCUCGAGUCCCUCCACACCGAGCUCGAGGCGCUCUACGUCAAGCACGAUGCCGUCGCAGCGAACUGGAAGACCACGUACGAUGACGCUGCGGCCCAAGCAGACGCUUCCAUCGCGAAGAAAGACAUCCGCAUCUUUACACGCAACGCCAAGCUCGAGGACCGGAGCCGCAAGCACGCGACGCUCGCGCACACCAGCCAGUUGCUCGAAGCGACGGUGGCGCCGCUCACAAAAGACGUCGCGACGGCCCAAGGCGAUUUGGCGCAGUUGCAGCAAGGCCUCGACCACCACUUGGACGUUGGGCUCCAGGAGCUCGACGAAGAUGCGCUCGCGCCGAAACCAAGUCGCUCUGCGCCGAGUGCGCGCGCCUCUAGCGCCAAGUGA